AUGUCAGUCCCUCCAGAACCGUCCAGCGCGGCGUCGUCGUCGUCCACGUCACCUGCAUCCAUGGGCACGUCGGCAACCGCCGCCGCCACGUCAUGGAAAUCUGAGAUGGAUGCAGCAGGAUUUUCGCCGAUUGCACCUAGAAGGAAAGACUCUACCACUGCUACAAAUGCACGGGAAACCACUAUUGUUAGGGAGGGUGCGCUGCGUGCGAAUAGUAGCAGUCGUGGAUUAGCUGGUCAGAUGGAGGAGAGGAAGAGACAAGAGCGAGAAGCUGAAGCACUCCAGCAACGGCUGUUGCAGCAGCAGCAGCAGCAGCAGCAGCAGCGGCAGCAGCGGCAACAAGAGCAUCUGGAACAGCAGAGCGAGGAGCAGAAGCAACAGGAGAUACAAGAGCAGAAAGAAGAGCGAUGGAGUUUGCCACGUGAGUUCCACAAGACCCAGGGACUGGCAACUUGGCACGGGGUCGGAAUUGGAAAGUCGUUGGAGCGUGAGGGGGGGGAGGAGGAGUGGGGGGAGCGGGGGGACGAGGAGGGGGGCGCGCAGGGGGAAGGGGAGCUACACCAUGGGGAGCGCACACGGGCGAGAGGGGGAAGAAGGGGAAGCGGCGGAGGCGGAAGGGGAGGGGGAAGGGGGAAAGGAGGAGGAGGUGCGAGUGGUGAGCGGGGGGAAGGUGGAUGUGGGAGUGAAGAAGGGGGGAAUGGCAAGAGGCAAAAGUAUGCCAGUACAAGUCAUUGGGAAGGAACUGGAGGAGCAGGAGAAGGAGCGGAAAGAGAAGUUGCUGUUGCUUCUCUAGGCGGAGGGGAAGGGGCAGGAGAGGAGGAUGGGGCAGGAAGAGCAAAAGGCGCGACGGCGUCUGCCAUCCGAACGUCCUCGUCAGCAGGCCGAGCCUCAAUGCUAGGUCCGGCGGCGGCGUUGGCUCGGGACCGCCACUCCAAGGUGCCAACCGCCCGAGGCAUGCGCGAUAGGCGGGUGCGCUUAUCAGCCCCGGCCGCCACUUCUUUCUAUGAUGUGCAAGAUAGGCUCGGCGCGGAUACCCCCUCUGCUGCGCUUGAGUGGCUGCUGUAUCAUGCCCAGCAUGCCAUAGCUCGGCUGCCAAAGCAGCCUGCACGUUCGGGAGGACCAGGCUCAGCAGGAGGUCCGGAAGGAGUUGCGGGACUAGAUGUGGAAGAAGCGACCGCUGUGGGCAUUCGUGCAGGUGUUGAUGUCAUUGCUGGUAUCUCUCCAGCCCCGCUUCUGUCUCUCCCACCCACUUCCAUCCCCCUUGCCCCUCUCACGCUCCCUCCCCGUUUCCCCUGGGACGAGGAGUUUUCUCUUCUGAGCUCUAGAGGGGGUAUAAAUGCGCCAGGUGCUCCUUCAGAUGAACCCUCAGGUGCUCCGUCUGUUGCUCCAGGUGGUCUUCCUGAUGUUCCAGGCGCCUUGGCUGUGUCUCGUCCGGAGCGGUUCUCUCCUGGGGGCAUUGCAGGGGUGAGCAGGGGAGGGUGUGGAGCAGAGGGUUACAGUGUAACGGGUUACACACCAGGUGGUUACAUGUCACAGGGUUACAUGUCACAUGGUUACAUGCAUGAGGGUUACAUGCCUGAAGGUCACCCACUAGGGGUUAGUGGGUACAACAUAGGAGAUUUGAGUGCUGGUGGUGGGUUUGGUGGGAGAGGCGUUGGUGGUGUGAGUGGUGCUGUUGGUGUGAGUGGUGCUGCUGGUGUGAGUGGUGCUGCUGGUGUGAGUGGUGCUGCUGGUGUGAGUGGCUUGGCAGGUGGGAGGAGGGUGGAAUCACGGGCGCAUGCAAGGGAAAGGGCUCGUACUCGUGCUGCUGCAGGGGCAACAGGAGCCUCUGCUGCUGCUGCUGGCACAGCUACCGCUGCUUCUUCUGCUCCUGCUCGCUCGCCAGUACCAUCAGCAGCAGCAGCCGCAGCAGCAGCCGCAGCAGCGGUGGCCGCAGCACUAUGA